GGCGACGCCAAUAAGGGCUAGUGGUUGGAUGGAGACUGUUAGCGGUGAUUUCGCUUGAUUGUAGCCUCCCAAAUCAUGUCCCGUGUAGUGGUGCCCUGUCAUGUGAAAAGCACUGUCGCCCUGCAAGUGGGCGACAUGAGGACCUCCCAAGGUCGGCCUGGCGUGCUAGUCGUCGAUGUCACUUUUCCCAACGUCGCGCCUUUCGAGCUGCAGGAGAUCACGUUUAAGAAUUACUACACAGCUUUUUUGAGCAUCCGCGUUCGUCAGCAGACCCUGAUGCACACACCAGCCAAGUGGGUAACUUGUCUGCGGGACUACUGUUUGAUGCCUGACCCACACAGUGAGGAGGGAGCCCAGGAGUAUGUGUCACUGUUCAAGCACCAGAUGCUGUGUGACAUGAACAGAAUACUGGAGCUGCGUCUGAUUCUGCGGCAGCCGUCACCACUGUGGCUGUCUUUCUCCGUGGAGGAACUGCAAAUCUACCAGCAAGGACCAAAGAGCCCCUCCUUGGCUUUCCCCAAGUGGCUUUCCCACCCAGUGUCCAAUGAGCAGCCUGCUCCCCGCCUUGAGGGUCUCCCAGACCCCAGCAGAGUCUCCUCUGAGGUGCAGCAGAUGUGGGCAUUGACAGAGAUGAUCCGGGCUAAUCAUACUUCCACAAGGAUCGGCCGCUUUGACGUGGACGGCUGUUAUGAUCUGAAUUUACUCUCCUACACGUAAGCAGCAGCUUCUACUGGAGACAUUGGCCUUCUGUGCCCAUCUAGGUGGGGUUUGGCCACCAGAGGCCGAAGCACGUUCCCUGUGCAUCCAAGUUCUAUCUGGGCAAAAUCUACAGAUUAGGAAUUCUUGACAUCCAUCCAGUUGUUUUAGCAUGAAUUCCUCGUGGGGGGCACUUUCUGCCUUUGACUGUCCGACAUGUAAAUCCAGUCUCUUCCUCUCAGAAUUCACCGGUUCGAAUUAGAAUCCUUGAAUCCUUGAGCUCCUCUGGAUUGUCCUGUCAAUAUGCACACCCCAGUCCUCUACCCCUUCCCCCAUUGCCGAGAUAAACCUGUCAUAUGUAGCUGAGGAAGACACUGCUGUUUUGACACUCCUGACCUGGGAAGCUUGGGGAAGACACACCCUCUAUUCCCACCUCACCCCCAGCCUCCCUUUUGCUAAUAGCCUUUGUCAUUUCAUCUUAGCGUUUUGUGAGUUCAAGAACAGCCUAGUCUACACAGUGAAUCCCAGGCCAAUUAGGGCUACAUAGUGAUACUUCAUAUUAAAAAAGAAAGAAAAAGAAGGAAGGAAGGAAGAAAAAGAGAAAGAAAGGAAAGAAGAAAGAAAAUAGCCCCCUUUGAAAUUGUCUGCUACCAGCCUAGGGUGUGAAGAUGAGAUUCCUGGGAGCUUGAAUGCUUAUGUCCCUAGGCUGGCUCCUGAAAAGUGUCCUGUGUCAGUUCUGGGCAGGUGCUGUUGGCACAGCCGGGGGCGGAGAACGAGUCCUCCCUCCCUCCGGCCUGUUUGUCAUCAGACUCAGCAUGAAGCACUUCCGUGUUCCUCUUCCCUUCUCUCAGUUGCUUCUGCCCAUCCUGCCCAGAGUGACGAGAAAGCAACCCUGGGGGAGUGCGUCCAAACAAACGUCUCACUGAUAUUCACUGAGGCUGAGGCUCUCCAUUACCCCAGAGCAACCACUAAAUGAAGACGACUGCUGCUCUUUCCCGUGAUCAAACCGCUUCCCUCUAGUUCUUCCUGGGAACUAUUCUUAAGCUAUGCUGCAAGGUGUCUCAGAACUGGAAAACUGCACAUGAGUAAGUGCAGCAGUUCUGGGAAAGUCUGUCCACCUUUUGAUAGCUACCCUGCAUUCUUGCAGUCAGCCCUCUUAAAGGUCCUGUCUUCAGCUACAGGACGGUAGUUUAAGCCCCACUCAGUUUUUUUUUGUUUUUUGUUUUUUGGGUCUUUUGUUUGUUUGUUUGUUUUUUCUUUUCUGAAAGGAUAAUUAACACCGUCCUGUGUUCAGGGAGUCAAUGGUCUUCAGAAGGAAUGAGUAAAGAGGGUCCUGAGGUGGCAGGGACUGUGCAUAAUGCGCAGCUGUGUCCCUAAGUUCCCAGAGCAGGAGCUAGAGUGCAGCAAGAUCAAUAAACACUUGUGGAAUA